CUCAUAUCAAACAUGGCUGCUGCUUCAUUUCGAUAGCUACUUGUCGGUGAAAUAUUAACCAAAGUAGAGUUUGUCACAUGGGAAGCGCGUUGUAAUAUCUGUGUAUGGACAAGCCGUGAAAAUCGUGAAGUUGUUUUUGGAAUAUUGAAGGUGGAGGUAAUUGAGAUGGCCACGGCACAAGAAGAAACAGAUUUUGACCGUUUGUCAGGAUCAGUCUCAGGUCAACAAGAGAGAGAUGACGCUGGAUCUGGUGCCACAGAGCCGCCAGAAAGUAGUGAAGUCCGGAUCAUCAACCUUAACAGACCCCAGGAAGUGAAAUUUGUGCAUAACUCUGUCAGCACAGCAAAAUACAAUGUCUUGACGUUUCUACCAAAAUUUUUAUUUGAACAGUUUAGGAAAUAUUCCAAUUUAUUCUUCUUGUGCAUAACAAUUAUACAGCAAAUUCCUGGUGUCUCUCCAACUGGCAGAUUUACUACAUUAGUGCCAUUGUUAUUUAUAUUAUUUGUAUCAGCAGUGAAAGAAAUUAUAGAAGAUUUUAAACGGCAUCUAGCAGAUGGUCAAACAAACAAUAGAAAAGUACUGGUUUUACGAGGUGGUAAAUGGGUCAAUUUGAAAUGGAAAAAGGUUGUAGUAGGUGAUAUAGUGAAAAUAGUGAACAGACAUGAGUUUCCAGCUGAUUUAAUCUUGCUGUCGUCUAGUGAGCCGCAAGCCAUGUGUUAUGUAGAGACGUCUAAUCUGGACGGUGAAACUAAUCUGAAGAUUCGUCAAGGUUUACCGCAGACAGCAAAUCUCUUAUCUCGUGAGGACCUCACCUCUAUGGAAGGUAGAAUAGAAUGUGAAGGACCAAAUAGACAUCUUUAUGAAUUUGUAGGAAAUAUUCGACUACGUGGUAGUACGAAAAUGGCUAAUCCCUUAGGAACUGAUCAAAUUCUACUUCGUGGUGCACAACUAAAGAACACUCACUGGAUAUUUGGAGCUGUCAUUUACACCGGUCAUGAUUCAAAACUUAUGAUGAACUCUACAGCUGCUCCUUUGAAAAGAUCUAGCAUGGAAGUUAUGACCAAUUCACAGAUUUUACUUAUGCUGAUAUUACUAUUAUCUUUGGCGUUGCUAAGUGCAAUUGCGUCUGAGUUAUGGGAUAACAAUCAUAGAGAUGAUCACUGGUACUUACCAGAGCAAGAAAACAGUAAUUUCUUUUUGACUUUCAUGACGUUUAUAAUCCUGUACAAUAAUUUGAUACCUAUUAGUUUGCCAGUCACACUGGAAGUUGUCAAGUUUAUACAGGCGUUUUUCAUUGGCUGGGAUAUUGACAUGUACCAUGUAGAUAGUAACACACCAGCCAUGGCAAGGACAUCCAAUCUAAAUGAGGAACUCGGUCAAGUCAAAUAUAUCUUUUCUGAUAAGACGGGCACGUUAACAAGGAAUGUGAUGGCGUUCAAGAAAUGCUCUAUUGCGGGUAUUGCUUAUGGAAGUGAUGAUGAGAAAGAAGAAUUAUUCAAUGAUCCAAGACUUGUGGAAAACUUGCACCGAAGUCAUGAAACUGCUUCUGAUAUCUACAACUUUCUGACACUGAUGUCUGUGUGUCACACUGUGGUUCCUGAAAAAGAUCGAAACGAUCCAGACAUAGUUCACUAUCAGUCAGCAUCUCCAGAUGAAGCUGCUCUUGUGAAAGGAGCUAAAGGUCUUGGAUUUGUUUUCAAUGUGCGAACACCAGAGUAUAUCAUUAUUGAAGAGAUGGGUCAAGUCGUAAAAUAUGAUGUAUUGAGCGUGUUAGAGUUCUCCAGUACUCGUAAAAGGAUGUCCGUUAUAGUUCGUAAUGUGGAAGGAAAAAUACUUUUAUAUUGCAAAGGAGCUGAUAGUGUGAUAUAUGAACGUUUAGCCGAAGGUCAACUAUAUCAAGAUAUAACGUUACAUCAUUUGUCUGAGUUCGCCUCUGAAGGUUUGCGAACAUUGUGUUUGGCAUACCGAGAAAUCAGUAAACGGGAAUAUGAGGAAUGGAGUGAGGUAUAUUACAAAGCUAGCACUUCUAUACACUUUCGGGAUACCAAGUUAGAGGAGGCUGCAGAGCUGAUUGAGAAAGAUUUACAUCUUGUAGGAGCAACAGCCAUUGAGGACAAGUUGCAAUGGGGUGUGCCUGAAACCAUUGAUACUCUGUCGAGAGCUGAUAUUAAAAUCUGGGUGUUAACAGGAGAUAAACAGGAAACCGCCGUCAAUAUUGGAUAUUCUUGCAAAUUACUGCAAGAGGGAAUGCCAUUGAUUAUCAUAAAUGAAGAGACUCUUGAUGAGACACGUGAGACACUACUCCGUCAUGUCAACACAUUUGGUGAUCAGAUUGGUAAAGAAAAUUGUGUUGGUCUGAUAAUAGAUGGACGGUCUUUAAAGUAUGCCCUCUCUUUUGAGCUGAGAAAAGACUUCCUAGAUUUGGCUGUGUCAUGUAAGGCUGUAAUUUGCUGCAGGGUGUCACCUUUACAGAAGUCAGAAAUUGUUGAGAUGGUCAAAAAGAGUUGUAAUGCCAUUACACUUGCCAUAGGAGAUGGUGCUAAUGAUGUUGGCAUGAUUCAGUCUGCUCAUGUUGGAGUGGGUAUUAGUGGUCAAGAAGGACUCCAGGCUUCAUGUGCCUCGGAUUACUCUAUUGCUCAGUUCCGUUUUCUUAUCAAGUUAUUGCUGGUACAUGGUGUUUGGAGUUAUAGUAGACUCAGUAAAGUUAUUCUGUAUUCCUUCUAUAAGAAUAUUACAUUGUACAUCAUAGAGUUCUGGUUCAUAUGGGUUAACGGGUUUUCAGCUCAGAUAUUGUUUGAUCGUUGGUGUAUUGGCUUCUACAAUGUGUUUUUCACAGCAUUACCUCCAAUAGUGAUAGGUUUAUUUGAUAGAAACUGCAGUGAGCAUAGUCUUGUUCAGUUUCCACAGCUUUAUAAACCUUCUCAGAACUCAGAGUUGUUCAAUACAAAGGUGUUUUGGAUGUGGACACUUAAUGCUUUCUAUCAUUCAGCGUUAUUAUUCUGGAUUCCACUCGGAGCACUUGUGGUCGACGUUGCAUGGGGCAAUGGGCAAACAGGAGACCAUUAUUUCCUAGGCAACAUGGUUUAUACGUAUGUAGUGGUAGUGGUCUGUUUGAAGUCUGGAUUGGAAACCGAUGCCUGGACUUGGUGUUCUCACCUUGCUAUCUGGGGUAGUAUUCUCUUGUGGAUUUUCUUCUUUGGUGUGUAUUCAGCACUGUGGCCAACGGUGCCUAUAUCAGCGGAGAUGUCUGGUCAGGCACAUGCAGUGUUUUCAUCAGGUAUCUUCUGGAUAUUAUUAAUUUUGAUGCCCGUCUUGGUCUUAAUGAGAGACAUUGUAUGGAAGGUCAUAAGACGUACAAUGUUUAAAUCUUUAGCUGAAAAAGUACAGGAGGCUGAGCUUCGACAUGAAGACCCGACUACCGUAAUUGAGCAGGCCACGCGUAAAACAUUCACUGAGACAUCUCGGCUGCUGAAGAGCCUGUUUAGAAAAACACCAGAUGGCUAUGCAUUUUCUCAAGAAGAGCAUGGUGUUAUUCCUCAGGCUGAAUUGAUUCGUGCAUACGACACAACGAAGACCAAACCCGAAGGACUGUAA